UUUUUUUUUUUCUUUCUUAAUCUUUCAUCUUAACAUGGCAACUGAAUCAGUUAUUCUUGUCACCGGAGGCACUGGUCUUGUUGGAGAAGCUAUUAAAUGGGUCAUUGAAAACGAAAAGAGUGAACGUUUUGGUAAGAGAGAAGGAGAAACUUGGAUCUUUUUAUCUUCCAAAGACGGUGACUUGAGAAAAGAACAAGAUGUGAAGGCUAUUUUCGAUAAAUAUAAGCCUACUCAUGUCAUUCACUUGGCUGCCAUGGUCGGUGGUUUAUUUAAAAAUAUGAAAUAUAAGCUCGACUUCCUGCGUGAUAACAUGCUUAUUAAUGAACAUGUCUUAUGGCAAUCCAAGGAACAUAAUGUCAAGAAGGUUGUCUCUUGUCUUUCUACCUGUAUCUUUCCUGAUAAGACAACCUAUCCUAUUGAUGAAACCAUGGUUCAUAACGGUCCUCCUCACGACUCCAACUUUGGCUAUGCUCAUGGAAAGCGUAUGAUUGAUGUUUAUAACCAUGCUUACUAUGAACAAUACGGAUGUCAUUUCACUUCUGUUAUUCCUACCAACAUCUUUGGUCCACACGACAACUAUGAGCUUGAAGGAUCUCAUGUCUUGCCUGGCUUGACACACAAGUGCUAUCUUGCCAAGAAGAACGACACGCCUUUUGUUGUUUGGGGAAGUGGUAAGCCUCUUCGUCAAUUUAUUUACUCUCGUGAUUUAGCCAAACUUUUCGUUUGGGCAUUAAGAGAGUAUGAAGAAAUUGCCCCAAUCAUCUUGUCAGUUGGAGAAGAAGAUGAGGUCUCUAUCAAAGAUGUUGCUGAUGCUAUUGUGAAGGCACUUGAUUUUAAGGGAGAAUACAAGUUUGAUACAACCAAGGCAGAUGGACAAUACAAGAAGACGGCUAGUAAUGCCAAAUUAAUGAAAUACCUUCCUGAUUUCCAAUUUACCCCCUUUGAAACUGCCAUCAAGGAAUCUGUUGACUGGUUUGUGGAAAAUUAUGACCGCUGCCGUAAAUAAAAUUUAAAGUUUUGUAUUUUACCGCUUCACAAAAAGUCAUCGAUAAAGGAUCCACUUGAGAUUUUACUGGGAUAGGAAAUAGAUUACUUCUGUAACAUGAUUAAGCCUUACUCUUUUAUCAAUCAUAUGCCUCAAGUGUAACUCUACUUUCUCCCCCGUUUUUCUGUAACGUCUUUUACCCCGUGACAAUAUGUAUAAAUACAGCCGUAUUUUUUCUGUUGUCGUCGGAUCUCCUUGUU